UUGACACAUGACAGUAAUAGUCAAGCAGUAGAGCCCAUCCCAACUCAACUGGCUUCCACUUUGUUUUGCAUCUUUUCCCUCCUUUUGCCCUUUUCCUUAGUGCCUCUCCCUCCAUUUUCUUGUCUAUAUAAAUACGGAAACCGCGUCUUCCCCUGCCUGGCCUCUAUAUCAAGCAACCAAAGGAGAAGAAGAUCAACGUUCAUCUUCAUCAGAGGAGGAAAUAAUGGGAGGAGGGAAUGGGCAGAAAUCCAGAACAGCUCGGGAGAGAAACAUGGAGAAGCUCCAAAAGGCCGCUAAUAAGGGAAGCCAGCUUCAGUCCAACAAGAAGGCCAUGACCAUCCAGUGCAAAGUGUGCAUGCAGACGUUCAUAUGCACGACGUCGGAGGCCAAGUGUCGGGAGCACGCCGAGGCCAAGCAUCCUAAGUCUGAUGUCUUCACUUGUUUCCCACAUCUCUCCACCAAGUAAGAAUGGUGGAAUAGCUACAAUAAACCUGCAACUCCAAAGACACGAAGAAAGAGAGAGAAGCAGCUUAGCUUAUGUAUUAUAUCUGUGAUCAAUUUGUCUACCCAUGAAAUAUGAAAGAAGGAUAUGUAUAUGACGACAACCAUCUAAUGAAUCGUGAAGUUCCUGUUCCGAAAUUGAGAUAUAAUUCAAAAAAGAGCUGUAUUUAACGUAAGA